GUAGCCGGUUCAUGUCGUCUAGUCACAAACACUUUAUGACAAUGAUGGCCGAUGGUCGCCGUUUGCCGUUGUUGCGAUCGCGCCGAGUGCCUGAUGUCGAAGAGUGAUGGACAACACUGAAUCCUUCGGGGCGCGCGUGGGGCAUUGCGCCCUCUGGGAGAAAGUCAAAGAAGGCCAUGUCCAUUUGAUCACCAAUGAGGACAUCCAGGAGCUCUUUCACGCGUUCGACGUCUAUGAUCCCAGCGAAAAGAUCUCCACCUCCGACCUGGUGCGCCUGUGCAGCGUGGAGGGCACGUAUCUCACCGCGGAGGACAUCGGCGAGUGGAUCAAAGACUCGGACGUGGACGGCACCGGGGAGGUGGGCAUCAUGGACGUGCAUCGAGGCAUCACCGAGGGCACCGCCGCCUUCUCGUUGGUCAAGAGAGCUUUAUUUGGGCAAGAGAAGGAACACAAGCUGUCAGAGUGCAGCAUCCAUGAGCUGCUGGGGUGGAUGCAUUACGAGUAUGACAAGAAGAGCAAGUUGUGGUCUUUGCCCGAGACGCUCUUCCUAUUUACUGCCUUCAUCAUUGGAGCAGUACUGCAUUUGAAUGUCUGGGAGGCUUUCAAGAGCUCCCGGGCCUACCAAUAUGCCUUGACCUACGGUGACUUCGCCCUGGAGUGGGUCGUCGAUCGAGACACCUUCUGGAAAUGGGUCUACGAGGGUUGGCUUCGCAACAUCCUGCGGCAUCACAUGGUGUCCUUCAUCCGCGAAGUGGAUCCGGACCAGGACGUGCUCAAGACGAAUCCCUUUCCGGGACGGGUCCUGAAAACGCACCAGAUUAUCGGAGCGGUGCGCUUUCGCCGCUGGUAUGCCGUUGGCACGGCUUGCCUGUCUGGAAACAUGUGGAAGGACCUCUAUUCACAGUGCCCUAUGCAUGGUGAGCUUAUGCCUGAUGACUGGUACAUCUUCUACCAUGAGAGCUACGAGGUCAUCCAGGAGCAAAUCCAGGAACGUGCUGAGAACUUCUGGCUGGAUGAUCACACCCGAUUUCUCGACGUUCAAACCUUCUCCUACAAUGCUCAUCAAGCCAUGUUUACCUUGGACAAUUUGAGACUGGAGUUUCGCGAAGCGGGAUACAUGAUCCACCGCGAUGGCAAAAGAGAGACCUUCGCGGAUUCGCCCUACUACAACCUUUGGCUGGCCAUCCCAGAUCUGAUCUUCGCCGUCUUGCUUUGGAAUGUCUUCUAUGGCGAAAUGAAAGAGCUGGUGCCUGCAGCCAUGAAUGGUCUUGAUGGCAUCAAGGACUACUUGAAACUAUGGAAUGUGAUUGACUGGAUCGCCAUCGGCUUUGGGUUCACCACCUUGUCCUUUUGGAUGGUUUUCGUGUUGAAGGUGAGUGGCGAGUUGCCAGAAGUCCUCAAACCUCUGCCCUCCAAUGCCCUGGAUCGAGCGGUCUUUACCAAUCGCUCCUACCUCACUUCAGAGGAAUUCGACAGCGUGGUGGAUCGCUUCGACUUCGAGCGCCAGGUGGCGGAGAUCUUCCGUUGCGCCGAGGAGGUGGCGGAGAGUCACGUGGUGGCGCGACGGCUGAUCUUCGUCUAUUUGUUCAUCUUGAUGCUGAAGUUCUUCAAAGCCUUUGGAUCCAACGAUCGUUUGGACAUUGUCAUCAAGACCAUCACCGGUUCAGCCGUGGACGUGGCCCACUUUGCCUUGGCCUUUGCAUUGGUCUUCGUAUGCUUUGCUGGCUCUGGCAUGCUGCUGAUCGGCACGACCUUCGAGGGUUACCAUACCAUUCCAUCGGCGUUGUACUUUCGCUGGGCCGAGAAUGUUGAAAUGGACGAUAUCGAGGGCUUCGAACCAUGGUUUCAGGUUUUGGCAUACUUUUGGUUCUUCUCCUACUUGAGCUUGAUGAGUAUCUUGAUGAUCAAUAUCCUGGUGGGCUUGAUCUUUGAGGCUUAUGGUCGAAUUCGCUCGGCAGCUGGAGAGCCGGAGACCUUGCUGGAGCAAGUGGGAGAAGCUGUGGAGAAUUUAAAGGAGACGAAGAACUUCAUUGACAUGUGGUACUUGAUUUGUGAACUGGAAGAUGAUGAUUUUCCAGCUCAUCCCGCGGAGCUGGUCACGAUAAGAAGUUUGAAGAAGGCCUUUUCGAAAGACAGGAUGACGAAGCAAAACGCCGAGUACCUCAUCGAGAGCGCCUCGCGCUGGGCCAAGAAGCAGGAGCACAAUGUGGAACUCUCCGUGACGGAUGGCGUGCGGAUGAUUGGACAGACCAGGACCAACGUGAACAAGUUGCUGGUCUUGUCCGAACAGGUGAACGCCAUGCUGCGGAAGUUUCACUCGAAGCGCACGGAAAGUGAAGGGGGGGAUUGGCUCAGCAUGUAUGGAGCUGCCCAACACGAGAUACAGCAGGAGGCUGCGACGAAGACGGAGGAAUCGGAUCCCCUCGCGGCGAGUCCGGCGAGGCGAAAGCACAAGGUCUCGGAAAUGCAACAGAAGUCGAGAGAAGAGCUGAUGUUCUAUCAGAUGCGGAACCGCUUCUCCGACAUGAUUUCCAUGACUCAGGAGCAGACGAAGCUGCUGGAGUUCAUUUCACAAUCGAUUGGUGCUCGCCAAGAAUCCAUUGUGGAGAAGGACAAUUGGGGACGGCAAAAGACGGCGGUGCUCACGGACAGGUGUGAGAAGAUUGAGAUCAACAUCGGCAAGCUGAGCGAGUGCUUAAAGGGCGUCGACCCCGGUCAGCUGCGUGGCAUGCCGGACAAGUUGAAGGAGUUUGCGCAGAAGGUGCACGCCUGGCAAGUGGAGGAUAGCAAUCCUCGAAGUUCUUCGAAACUUGAUCAUAUGGCCAUGCUUCAGCAUCAGAUGGACUCGAUCUCACAGGACGUCGCCCAGAUCUCGGCUGCGACCAAGGCCAAAGCAGAUAUUGCCAAGGCUUUGCAGCAUGUCGACGCUCGGAAGAGACAGAUAUGGGCCAGGGGGAAGAGAGGAAGAGGACACAAAAUGAAGCAAGUGAUAUAGACCAAGGAGAGGAGACAUGUCCUUUUGUAAUUUGUAAAAGAGACUCAGUCUUAUAGUCUCUCUCCCGUAAACUCUAUGACGUACGCCUUGUUCUUCGUCCAUCUUCCGUGCUCAGAAGCCGUUGAUCGACCAGUGGUGCGGCGCGACGACGGCUCGCCUGGUGAAGACGCCCAGCCGCUUCACCGAAGACUCCAGCGACGCCUCGCCGCGCAUGGUGCAGACUUGGACGGGUUUCACCAGCUUCGACGCACAAGACGACGCACCGGACGAGGUCAGAUGAGACGUCUCCGGUCCGAGGCGCUCACCCGAGAAGGACGAAGGACUGUGUUGGUCGAAACGUGUGUUUGUUG